AUGCCGCCGCGCACGUUGCGCCGCGUCCCGUCGAACCCGACGAUCAUGUCGUGGUUCGAGGACGAGCGCGCGAAGGUCUCCUUCGCGCGGACGAUGCGGACGUUCAGCACGAUGCCCGCGGAGUUCGCCCGCGCGCACCUCACCGCGCGCGGGGUGAACGUCGACGAGAACGCGUCCGCGGCCGAGCUCCGAGGGCGGCUCCUCAGGGCGCUCUCGGACGAGGUCUUCGCGGAGCACCAUCGCGGGCGAAAGGACAUCAUCGCGAGGUGUGAGCCCGCGGCGCCGCCGGAGACGGUCACCGGCGACGACAUGCGCGCGCACCUCGCGACCGUGCACGGCGCGAGCGUCGACCAUCAGACGAUGAACGAGCGCGCGACGGACGAGGACGAGGUCAGGCGGGUGUACGAGCUGGUGACGUCAGGGCGGCUCGACCCGGAACCGCUCAAACACGGACGGCGCUUCGAGAUCAUCGACGCGGUCGUCGACUGGCCGCUGGUGGUCAUGCUCUCCGCGGUCACGAAGGACACGGACGUCGGCGAGGACUUCGUGAAGCCGUGGCACGAGGCGGCGGCGGAGGGGCACGAGGCCACCCGGCGACAUCUCUCGCGCGCCGUCAAUCUCGCCGCCGAGCGCGCGGCGAGAGGGACGAAGCACUUCUACGAGCAGACCCCGGAGGAGAUCCGCGCGGCGCGGCGAGCGUCGUACGCUCAUAGCCCGCGGUGCGAGAGCAUGACGAUCGCGGGCGUGAAGUGCGCGGUGUUUCGCCCGGACCCGAAGGCGUGGUUCAAAGUCCCGUUUAAAGGGUACUCGCCGCGGGGAAUAUACCUUUUGUUUCACGGCGGCGGGUGGGUCUUCGGCGACGCGCACGGGCAAAACGACCAGAGGCUAGAGACGAUGGCGGACGAGCUCGGGAUCGUGGUCAUCGUCCCGGACUAUCGCAAGGCCCCGGAGCAUCCGUACCCCGCGCCGCUGGACGACUGCGAGGCGGUGGCGAAGUGGGUGGAGGAGAACGGCGAGACUUGGUUUCGCGACGCCGACGACGACGGCCGCCGGCCGUUCAUGCUCAUCAUGGGCGGCGAGUCCGCGGGCGCGAACUUGUGCGCGUGCACGCUCUUCAGGAGAAGAGACGCCGACGUGAGGCGGCGGAUACGCGCCGCGAAGGACGCCGCGGGGAGCAUGCGGGAUCUCAUGACGCGCGGGAGCCCGGACGGCCAGGUGAACUUUGAGUUGGACGAGGCGACGAAGGAGGUGUACGUCCAGCUCGCGAGAGGGUCGUGCUGCUGGAAGCUCGUAAACUUGGUGUACGGGAUAUACGACUUGAACGGGACGCCGUCGGUGAAGGCGUUCGGGGAGAGGAGGCUCGUGGAGACGGCGAAAGACUUGGCGUUUUUCGCGGACUGCUACUGCCCGAACGAGAAGAAGCGAUCGGACCCGGACGUGUCGCCGCUCAACGUCGAGGACGAGUGGUUGGCGCAGUUCCCGCUCCCGCCCGCGAUCUUCACCGUCGGCACCGAGGACGCGCUGUUAGACGACACGCUGUUGAUGUACAGGAAGUGGCGAGACGCGGGGCACGACGCCAUCUUAGACGUGUGGCCGGACGCCCCUCACGGCGUGGGUCACUUUGGCGCGCACGAGAGCACGGCGCUCGGGGUGGCGUGCCUGAGGAAAAUUCACCUCUCGUUCGUGGGGUACAUCGAGCAGUUCCGGAGGCACGGCGUCGCGCGCCAUCCGGACGACGAGGGCGAAAUAGAGCCGCGGCCGGUGAAGAACGAGUACGGGGAGUACCCGAAGCGUCCCAUCGUGAACCCGGAAUUUGCCGCGUUCAGCGAGAGGGAUCUUAUGAAGUCGACGCUGUUCGGAGGCGACGGGAACGGCUCGACCUUCAGGCCCGGGAGGGAUAAGCACGACGGGCCGAUGAUCCCCCAGAUGGUCCCCGACAUAGAUUAG